AUGUUUGCAAUGUCUUUGUUUUACCAAUCACAAACAUUAUUGGGCUGUGUAAGUAUUCUUAAUCCUAAUCUUAAUCCUAGGUACUUGUGUUUGUGCAAAUCAAGGUCAUGGAAAGUUCUAUCCACACCCCCACCAUCUUCAGUUAUAUUGAAUGCAGAUGAAGGUGGGAGAUUUUCAAAGAAGAUUCAUUCCUCAAAUGAUGUUUCUGUUAGGAAUGAUUUUGUUACUCCUUUUGGUUAUCAAGGAACAACUGUUGGAAUCAUUGGAGGCAUGUCUGUUGAUGCAACUCUCAAUUUUCUAAGAAAACUUGUGGAGUUGAGUUCACAAGAUGGACAAAGCCCUAUUCCUUUUUUGCUUUGUUCUGAUCCAAUUUUGAAUAAGGAGCUUCUUUCCUAUGAAAGGAGUUUGGAAAGUUUUAAACUUGAUUCUCCUGAUAUUGUGAAAAGUCUUAGAAAUAAAAGGGUUUUUCUUGAGAAUUCCGGGGCUCGUUGCAUAGUCAUGCCUUGUAAUGUUUCGCAUUCUUGGUAUGAACAAGUGUCUAAUGGAUGUUCUGUGCCUUUUCUUCAUAUGGCUGAUUGUGUUGCUCAGGAACUUAAGGAAGCUAAGUUAAAGCCGCUUGAAGCUGGUAGUCCUUUGAGGAUUGGAGUGCUUGCAACAAAUGCAACUCUUGCAGCUGGUUUUUACAAAGAGAAGCUUCAAAAUGAAGGUUUUGAGGUUAUCCUGCCUGAUAGAGCCACUAUGGAGCAUACAGUGAUACCUGCGACUGAAGCUUUGAGUCGAAAAGACAUGGAAGGGGCAUGCAAUCUUUUGAGAAUUGCACUUCAAGUUCUUUUGGUGAGGGCAGUUAAUUUUGUUAUACUUGCUUCUGAUGAAAUGCGGGAUGUCUUACCCCACGAUGAUCCUCUUCUCAAGAAAUGUAUUGAUCCAAUGGAAGUAUUAGCUCGGUCAACUAUCAAAUGGGUAAGAUCUUCGGGAGAAAAUACGUGA